CUUCAUAACUACAAUAAUAUUACAGUCUCAUACAAAAUCAUCAUAAUAUAAAUACCCACCCAUGACCCUUCAACUUCAAUCAUUAUACAAACAGCUUCAGAGCUGAGAGAUAAACAGAGAGAGACCACAAGGUUGAAGAGAAUCAAAGAUAAAAGAUGGUGAGAGCUCCAUGCUGUGAGAAGAUGGGACUGAAGAAAGGACCAUGGACUCCUGAAGAAGAUCUUAUUCUAAUCAAUUUCAUCAAUCUCCAUGGCCAUCCCAAUUGGCGCUCUCUUCCCAAACAAGCCGGUUUAUUAAGGUGUGGAAAGAGUUGCAGACUCCGAUGGACAAAUUACUUGAGGCCGGACAUUAAACGAGGAAACUUCACCAGAGAAGAAGAGGAUGCUAUCAUAGAGUUGCAUGAAAAGUUGGGAAAUAGAUGGUCAGCCAUUGCAGCAAGAUUGCCAGGACGCACAGACAAUGAGAUAAAAAAUGUGUGGCACACUCACUUGAAAAAGAGACUCAGCCAAAACAUGACCACCCCAGUAACCAAACAACCCCAAUCUACCACAAAUAUACAAAUAUAUGACCAAAUCACACAAAAAGAAUCAGAACCCAUGAAUUAUUAUCCUAAUCAAGUGAGGCUUCAAAGCCCACAACAUUCAUCCAGUGACAUCUCCUCCGUCACCACCACAACAUGGAUGAAAGGUGAUGAAUUAGACAACUUCUUUGAGGUGGAUGAUAAUUUUUGGUCAGAAGUGUUCUCGGCUGACAACUCCGGCACGAUGAAUGAUUUUCUGGCAACCACAGCUGACCCACAAGUUCAAUUUCAAUUCUCCCCAAUUGAUGGAGCGGAACAUGCUCAUGGGUACAACCCAAGCGUGGACUACUAUUGGUACAACCUCUUGACAACAGCUGGGGAACUACCAAAUUUGACCGAGUUUUAGCAUGCAAGUGUUUCAAUUGUAAUUUAUAUUUUAUAUUUAUUUUUUAUUUUUUGCCUUUCUUUUCUUUUAGACCAUCUCGAAGGCUUCAUCCAACUUGGCAUCAGAUUUAAAUUUUGGUAAAAAAAUCACUUUUUGGUGCUCCAAUAGUUUCAGUAAAUUGGUAUCAAAAUGAGAAAACAUCAAACGUUCCACCAAACUGAGAACGAGUUGCUCUUUUCACCAAUUCACUGUGUAUAGCCGUUAAAGCAGAAAUUUGUGAAAAUUUUACACA